AUGGUUUUUUCCCCGCAGUGGGACGAGAUCAUGUCCCCCGACCGGGUGGUAGUCCACGCGGGCGCCAACGACGUCAUCGAGGGGCUCCCCUCCGUGAGCGCCCUGGUGUCGGGGCGCCUCAAGGCGCUGGUGGACGAGAUGAGGGCGCUCCAGGACGCCGGACGGGGCUCCUACGCCCUCUCGGCCAUCCUGCCCAAGAACGACCCCGUCAUGACCUUCAACAACAAGAUCAACAUCAUCAACUCGGACGUGAGUUGGUACGCCCAGAGGCGGGGCAUCGACUUCAUAGACCACGCCCACCUCUUCUGGAAGGAGGGGUCUUUGCAGAGGGACCUCUUCCGAUUCGACGGCUCCCUCAACGAGGAGGGGCUGAGGGGCCUGGAGGAGUCCCUAUUCGACGAUGACAGCUUCUGCGGAGGGAGGAGGGGCGAGGAGAAGGACCCACUCUGGAACCUCAGGCACGGACACAGAUUACGAAAGAGACCUUCUCUGGAACUGAAAGAUAUACUGCCGUUGGAGCGGAAAAUAUACGACAAACAUUUGCCUCCGAAACAGGAAG